CAUUCUAGGUGUGACUGUCAGCUGAUUCGUGUUAAAAAUAUUACAGUCGAUUAUUCAGCAAGUGAAUCGUUUCCCAAAAUAUUUUAGCUUUUGAAUUAAAAGCCUUUUUUCAAAAUGGCAUUGCAUUCUGCUGGAAAGGGAAAACUUCUUGCUGUGAUAGGAGAUGAGGACACUUGCGUAGGAUUCUUGCUGGGAGGAGUUGGCGAAAUUAAUAAAAAUCGUCAACCCAAUUUCAUGGUCGUUGACAAAAAUACUGCAGUGGGAGAAAUCGAGGAAACGUUCAAACGUUUCAUCAAACGAGAUGAUAUCGAUAUCAUUCUUAUAAAUCAAAAUAUUGCAGAAAUGAUUCGACACGUGAUAGACAGUCACGUUCAGCCGAUUCCUUCAGUAUUAGAAAUUCCAAGUAAAGAUCAUCCCUACGAUGCCAGCAAAGACUCCAUAUUACGAAGAGCCAAGGGAAUGUUCAAUCCGGAAGAUAUUCACUGAUUUUAAUUUAAAUUCGUAUUGGCUGCUGCAUUGUACAAGAUCUAUUGUAAAAUAAGAGUGUUUAUCGUGGACUAUUUAUUAGAAAUAUUCCUCAAUGUUACUAUCAUAUUGUAAAAUAUUGUUGGAUUUAUAACUUUCAACAUUCCACACGAAAAAAGUAGA